UCCAUCACACAAACCAAGAUGGCGUCUGGAGGAGGAUGGAGUUCCAACCAACMAACAAUUGAAGAUAAAAAACGAGAAUUACUUCGACGAAUAGAGGAAAAAAAGAAAAMCUCAACAGGAAGCAAUCCUCCAUGYCCUUCAACGAACGCUUAURAUUCAAACACACCAACAACRAACGYACCUCCUUCCUUGUUCGUCAACGAUGGCUCCUUUWUGGCACGUUUUCAAGCAAUGCAAAAGUCUAAAGCUGCUUCUUCUCCAAACACAACCACUGCUCUACCAAAACCUUCUGUUACCAUGAAAAUAUCUACAAUGAAAAAGAGCUCAGUUACGAGACCUCUAUUGAAACGAAAUGACGUUUUCGAGCGAGAAGACGACGACACUCAAAAUGUUUCCCCACCAGAAGUAAAGUUAUCAAGCCAGUAUUUAUCAGCUUCAACCAGCACAGGAGCAAGUAGCAGUAACUUUAACUCAAGUGGAUCAUUUAYACAGUCAUUGCCUGGCCAAAACAGUGAAUCAAAUCCAACUGCAGCAAAAAGAAAGAGGAAAAGUAGAUGGGAUGAUUCUGCRUCACAGGUUUCAACACCACCAUCAAGCUCUGCAUUAAAAGGAUUAGAGAACCCCAUGUCAGAAGCUGCAAAAAUAGCAGCUAGGAUUGGUGCUGAGGUUGCCAUGGAGCACAGUAUACCAAUGAGUAGUCAUGAGGCUGAAGAACGAGAGAAACAAAGAAAGGAACAAGAAGAGAUCACUUCAGUAUAUUUCCGUAUCCUCGCCAAAAGAGCAGUAGCAGCGGCAGCAGCGAAAUCUGCAGCACAAACAAAAGAAACAAAACCAAAGUAUGAAUAUGAUUCUGAUGAAGAGACUGAGGAUGGAGGAACAUGGGAACACAAAAAGCGCAGAGAAGAGAUGUCUAAGACAAUAGAUGAAGCCAAGAAACUAACAGAACAAGCCAAAGGCAAGCACCAUAUUGGAGAUUUUCUACCUCCAGAUGAACUCAAGAAGUUCAUAGCUAAAGUCAAGCUAGUAAAGGGUGAAAAGGGAUUAGAUGAGAUUGAUCUUUCUGACUAUGCUGAGUUCAAGCUUACAGAAGAAAAUGUUGGAUACCAGAUGUUGAAGAAAGCUGGCUGGAGYGAAGGAAAAGGAUUGGGAUCUAAGGAACAAGGAAUAACAGCUCCUAUUAAUAAGACUCACACACCAACAGGAGCAGGACUUGGUGAAGAACAUGUAGCAGAAGUCAAGUCAGAUGAUGAUGAGUUUGAUCUUUAUCGUAAACGAAUGAUGCUGGCUUAUAAAUUCAGACCAAAUCCUUUG